UUUAUCUGAAAAUAAUAGCAUUUUCAAGCGAAGUCAUAAUAUUUAUUUUUAUUUUACAAAAAGCUUCUCUUUGUGGUUUGUGAGAAAUGGCUGGUAUAUCAGCCGCGAAUGCGGCUCCUAUUACGGCCACCGAUAGUUUAUCACAAGCUUUGAAGGCUAAUAUAAUCCCGAAUCAGGAAUACCUGCUUCAGGGUUCUGUAUUAGAUUCAGCUGUAGAAGUCUUACUCCAUCGCUUGCGCGGCUUGUGCGACAAUGUGGAUGCUGGCCCAGAGACCUUUGAUGAUCAAGAAGUUUGUUUCAGUUUACGAGAUCCAAACCAACAGGCUGCACCACUGAUGCUUCGAGUUCGAAAAGCCUUGGACUAUCGCGACAUGCCCUUCCAGCUCCGGUACAUUGGACAGCCUGAUCUAGGAGUAGGAGACAAAAACAGACCCACAGUUGUGCGUUCCAGCCUAGAUAUUGCCUGCAGCGGAAUGCUUAUAGACUUCUUGAAUGAAUUGGGCUGUAGAAUUGAAUUUGAAUAUAGUGUCAAAGGUUACAUGUUCAGAAAAGGGAGAAUGAAGAUAACCGUUGCAAAAGUGUUCAAGAUAUCCCAAGGGUCAAUGCCCCCAGAGCCUAUAUCUCAGAGUUAUCUGGUGGAAUUAUCUGUCCUAGCACCGCAAGGUCAAGAUGCCAUAGCUGAAGACAUGCGCGCAUUCGCCGACCAGCUCCGACCCCUGGUACAACUGGAUAAGAUUGACUACAAGAGACUGGGACAUAUGUCCGUCACAUAACCCAUGUUCCUCACUUAGACUGGCCUCACACUGACCAACGGUACAAUAGGUUAGUGUGAAGACAGCCUUUGUUGAACCCACGAAUGGUGAUUCCGUAAUACAAAUGGACUUUUACUUUUUUAAGCCAUACAGCUAAAUAAAUUCAGUGUUUAUCGUAUAUUUUCGGGUAUUACAUUUUGGUGUCUAGGUAUAUUAUUUAAUAAUACAAAACCAUUUACUAUAAGCUUCUUUAAGUAGGUAAUUUAAAUGAGAGCAGUCAGUAUGAAUUUUUAUCUACACAGUAGCGAUUGAUUGUGAAUAAUCAAUGUAAUUUUAAGAAUAAAAGUAAUUCUGGCAGUUGACCAACAUACAACAUAAUCAAACUGUACCCAAUGACUAUUUGUAUUUAUCUUCAACACAUAGUGAACAAGUUGCACAUUUAAUUAGAAUUAUCAUAACCAAAUAUUUAAUAGUAAACAUAUGUACUGUAAGACAUAGUUUUGGUCAAUAGCAAUACUUAAACUCUCCUCUGAAUAAACAAAUAUAACAAUCAAUAUACACAACUAGCAUGUGUAUUAAUUCAUAAAUAUAAAUUUCUACGUACACAUCUCUAUAACAGGAAAAUAGGUUAUUAUUAGUACAUAAGAAAAGUAAAUAAUAGAACCCUUUGUCUAUGUUUAAAAUCAUUUUUAAUAUCACCAAAAAAUACAAUACAAUAGUUGAUUAUAUGAAA